AUGCCAGCAGAGAUUCUCAAUCGACUCGAGGCCUCUAUACCAGAGAUCGAAGCUUCUUUCGUCAACGAAAAUAUCGGUUCUUCCAUGAAGGCCGACAGUCUGGACCCACUUGAGUCCGAAUUGAGGGCUAUGAAAUUCAUAUGGAAACUGCCCAUCGUCUCCAUCGAUUUCCUUCAUGAAGACGAAAAAUUCUGUGGCAUGUGUGAUCGCAAGUACGAUGACGAAUUCAGAGUUUGCGGACAAUGCCUUCGGAAAUACCUUUCUCCCUACGAGUGUGGGUUCACAAAGUGUCCUUUCUGCAAGGUCGAUUUCCCGCAAACGUUCACAGAUCCAGUUGAGCCCACACUGGCUACUAGCGACCUUGCAUGGGUGGAUGUCGAUGACCACGAGGUUUUAGACGAGGGGCUGAGCAGACAGGUAUCGCAACUGUCAAAGGAUUCCGGAGCACCAAGCGAUGAAAUCAAGCGGUACCUCAGCAUCGAUGAGGUUCUUGAGCGCUCUCGAAGCCAAACAGAGGAUUAUAUGGGCACAGAUGUACAAGACUUCGCCACUCAAGCUACCGAUCCAGCGGAGAUUGGAGACGAAGAAUUCCCAAAGAAUCGCAAAAAUGGAGGAGGUCCAAGUCUUGCACGUGCUGCUAUGAAGGCUGUCGAUCUGAUAGCGAAGAAAUUUUAG